UCGGAGAAUUAGCAGCGACCAGAGGAUCCAUGGAAACACAUCAGUGAACAGCAGAAGUCCUCACCCACCCGCUCACCAGUCACCACCACCGCGCGGCGGGAGCAGCCGGUCGCUUGCUCUCCGCAGAGCAGAGGCAUGGCGCCGACGCUCAACAGCUUCCCCGUGCUCCGACGAAGCCGAGCGCAGCGGAUGCGGCGGCUGCUCUUCUUCUUGCUUGCCGUCGUCGUCGUGUCAAGGAGCGCCUCCGCGAUCACCCGGCGCGACUUCCCCGAGGGGUUCGUCUUCGGCGCUGGGUCAUCGGCUUUCCAGGUGGAAGGGGCAGCUGCAGAGGAUGGAAGGUCUCCCAGCAUUUGGGACACCUUCACCCAUGAGGGUUAUUCGUACGAUGGAUCCACUGCAGAUGUUUCAGCAGAUCAGUAUCACCACUACAAGGAAGACGUAAAGCUUAUGCAUGCGAUGGGUUUAGACGCGUACAGAUUCUCAAUUGCUUGGCCCAGGCUUAUUCCUGAUGGAAGAGGAGAGAUCAACCCAAAAGCUUUGGAAUACUACAACAAUCUCAUAGACGAACUGAUACUCUACGGGAUUGAGCCUUAUGUCACCAUCUACCAUUUUGAUCUUCCUCAGGUCCUUCAGGAUGAAUACGGUGGACUCCUCAGCCCCAGAUUCAUAGAAGACUACACUGCAUUUGCGGAAGUCUGCUUCAAGAACUUCGGGGACAGGGUGAAGCACUGGGUCACCGUCAACGAGCCCAACAUUGAGCCCAUCGGCGGCUACGACAACGGAUCCCAGCCGCCGCGGCGCUGCUCCUAUCCCUUCGGCGAGAACUGCACCGGUGGUAACUCGUCGACGGAGCCGUACAUCGCCGCGCACCACCUCCUCCUUGCGCACGCCUCUGCAGUGUCCUUGUACAGGAACAAGUACGAGCCGAUUCAAGGAGGCCACAUAGGGAUCACUCUCCUGGGCUGGUGGCACGAGCCUGCCACCAACACGUCGCGGGAUGCAGCUGCUGCGUCGAGGAUGAACGACUUUCACAUCGGAUGGUUCAUGAACCCGUUGGUGUACGGGGACUACCCGCCGGUGAUGAGGAGCAGGGUGGGCGACCGGCUGCCGCGUCUAUCCGCGGAGGAGUCGGCGGCAGUGCGCGGGUCCUUCGACUUCGUCGGCUUCAACCACUACCUCAUCCUACGGGUCCGAUCGUCCGGGGAGGAGGAGGAUUCCGGCCAGAGAUCGAGGGACUACUACGUUGAUGCGGCCGUUCAGAAUCCACUCCAGGCCAUCACGGAGGUAGUACAUGCCAAGCAGUGGGUGUACAGAGUUUCCAGCAGAUGGCCACGUCGAGUCUCCCCCAUGGGCGCUGGGGAAGCUACUGGAGCACCUGAAGGUGAACUACGGCAACCCUCCCGUCGUCAUCCACGAGAAUGGGGUAGGAGACGCCCCCGACGGCACGCCGGCCGCGAUCGAGUACGACGACGAGUUCAGGUCCGAGUUCCUGCAGAGCUACCUGGAGGUUCUCUACCAGUCCAUACGGAACGGGUCGGACGCGCGGGGGUACUUCGUGUGGUCGUUCCUGGACGUGUUCGAGUUCAUCUUCGCCUACAGGCUGCGCUUCGGGCUGUGCGGCGUGGACAUGGCCGCCGCGGCGCGCACGCGGUACACGCGGAGCUCCGCGCGCUGGUACGCCGGCUUCCUCCGCGGCGGCGAGCUCCGGCCGCCGCCGCCUCUUCCCGCCAGGCCGUACGUCGCCGCGUGAGGAGUCAUCGUCAAAUCAAAAGAUAAAAAGGAUACAGAGGUCACUCGAGACGAGUCGAGAAUAAAAGAUUCGUGCAGGCACGAACCACGUCUGAUGACGUCGUCUCAGGUGCACCUGUACUAGUACUACGCUUGCGGCUUGCAUGAACAACCCUCAGCUGCAAAUAAAGAAGCAGUACAAGUUCAUCGAAA